AGCCGGUUGUCAGUCCGAACCGGUUUGUUGACAUCAGUGUCCAGUGCUAGUGUAGUGUUUUGUUUCCAUGGAUUGUACUCUUGUGGAAAUGGAAGAUAAGGCGUACAGUGUUGACAGUUCCGACGAUAUCAAUAUCGAGGAAGAGGAAGACGAACACAUUGAGGAAAAUCACAGCUAUCCGCCAGAUUUUCCGAUCGAAGCUCUUGUGAAGUUAGAGCGGCCGUCACCUCCCUUACCGACGCCGCCUAACACACCAACCGACGAUACACCACCCGCUGUCGUAGUUUCUCGACACCAGACCUGGCCAGCACCACAAUACCCAAACUACAGACCAAUGCAGACCCCAUACUCCUACGACAAACAAGUUCCUUACAGCUACCCAGCUGCUUCCUAUGUUCCACCCCAAGUUGCCUCCCUUCCUCCAUCCGCACCUUACCACGCGAUGCUGGUCAACCAAUGGAUAAGAAACGCUGCUUUGUAUCACCACUCGUUGAGAUACCCGUCCAUGGCGCAAAGAAUGCCGGGAAGGAACCCACCACAAAUGAGAGCGCCAGGAGUCCCCGGCACGAGGCCAAAGAAACAAUUUAUUUGCAAAUAUUGCAACCGCCAGUUUACGAAAUCAUACAACCUUCUGAUUCACGAAAGAACACACACGGAUGAGCGUCCCUACUCAUGUGACAUCUGCGGGAAGGCUUUCAGGAGGCAAGAUCAUCUUAGAGAUCAUAGGUACAUUCAUUCUAAACAGAAGCCAUUCAAAUGUACCGAAUGCGGUAAAGGCUUUUGUCAAUCGAGAACAUUGGCCGUACACAAAAUUUUACACAUGGAAGAGUCGCCCCACAAAUGCCCCGUUUGCAACAAAAGUUUCAACCAAAGAUCGAACUUGAAAACGCAUCUGAUGACGCACAGCGAGGCCAACAAGCAUCAUUUAGAACAUCUCGAGGGAUGUCAAGAGGUUUCAUCAACGAGUCAGGUUUCUGACAGUCCUUUAUUGGAUCUGUCACACAAGCCCACUCCGCCGCCUCAGGCGUUCCAGCAAAUACACGCCAGUCCACAACAAUCUCCAGUGGAGGCGCCUAAGAGGCCGUUAGGCUUUUCAAUAGAAGACAUAAUGAAACGUUAAUAACGUACUGAGUAAUUGUAGUUUUAGCCAAACGUGUUUUGUAACUAAUGUACAAAGACGUUAUUUAUUAUUUGUAAAUCAUUUCAUUUCUGAGUACCUAUUCUGCCAAAGAUGUAUUUCAGUACUAUGUAGAAUUACAGUAUUAGUAGUGUUAAAUAGCGCUCAGUGUUAAUAUGUUCGAUUAUUAAUCUCACUUCGUUUGUGAUUCGUCAUCUAAGCUCAUUUAAUCGCUCGGAUUAUAGUUCAAUCGCUUCAUUUUAAUGUGUAAAGUUUGAUCUUUUCAUGCUAAAGACUGAUUAUUGUUUAUCAUUGUUAUGUUUUUUUUAGAGAUUUAUUUAUUGUGAUAGAGUUUUAUCGUAGGGUGGUUAACUAAAGUUACCAAAAAUAUUACCGUUGUUUUAAAUAAGUUAAUUCCAAAUAAACCUAUGACUCAGAUCAUGUUCAAUGUACGUUAUAGUAUUAGUGUAUAGUACAGUAUUUGUUCCUUGUAAAUAUUAGGUUUAGAGUCAGUAUUAGAUAAGUUAAGAGGCUACUUAAAAUAAGAAAAAAGAAAAGAAAGAUUAUAAUUA